UCACCAAUCCACCUCAUCGUUGAUUGCUGUUUUGACGCCAUGGGGAACUACGACUUCUAUACGCUGGCAGUGAGUCUGAUGAUCUUAGCACUUCAGAUCCACAAUCCAUUCCAAGAUCGGAGGGAAUGCAAGGAGAGCCUGCCGAGGCCGGACUCUAAGGCAUCCAUUCCAUCUGCACGAGGUGACCCUUCCAGUGGGCCACCCUACCGACGCAGAGAGGCGCAACCUGUGGCUUCAAAUGGGCUCUCCACAGAUGCCCUGCUUAGAGAGUUGGAUUCCAUACAGGACAAGGCCAAGGAGCAGCAGGCCACCCUGGCAGCAGCUGGGCGUAUGCCGCCGCCGAGCCCCAUCCUACAGCACCUCAAAGAGUCUGAGGCCGACUUGAGCCAGACGGAGGUGCCGAGGCAGGUGAGAUCUCAGGCGCCACCACAGGUGCAGCUGCCACCUCAGGCUCCUCCACAGCCCGCGCAGGCUGCUGCACAGGCUUUAGUGCGACGCCGAGAUGACUUGGGACAGCUACUUCAGGCGCAGAUGCCCCGUGGGCUCGGAGUCCUGUUGGGCGUUGGCCGGGGCGACUUUGCCAUCCGCCUUCUGCGCGACUGGUCCUCUGCCCAUGGCUUGUAUUUGGUGGAUCCCUUCAUCCACCAGUGGCGAGGCUAUGAUGACCCUGCCAACUUGCAGGACAAUGAGCACCAGAUGGUCUUCGAGGAUCUUCGCAAUCGUCUCGAGCCAUAUGAGGGGCGCUACGUUUUGGUACGUGACUUUUCCUACUCCUUCGCAGAGGUCUACCGGAAAGCGGAGCAGACCCCGGGUGUGGCGACGUUCAUUUAUAUUGAUGCCAACCAUGCCGAGGAGGAGGUAACAAGAGAUUUGGAGCUCUGGUGGCCUAUCUUGGCUUCUGGGGGUCUCAUGUCAGGCAGCACAUAUAUGGAUGAUGCUGCUCGCAAGAUCCAGGUGCGCAGCGCGGUGGAUCGAUUUGCAAGCCAACGGCAGCUGCAGGUGAUCACCACCACUGAUGACAUGCCACCAUCCUGGUUCAUCGUGAAACCCUGAGUGCCGAUGAGCCACUGGGUCUCCAUUGUGACAUCGGCCAAAGACCAACGGGACUACAUAGGACACACCAGGACCAUGCCAAGGCUUCCAAGGGUCCUUUG